AGAUGGCUGCGCACAAGAAUAACGUGUGGAUCGGGGCUGAAACAGGAAUUUUGAAAGGCGUAAAUCUAGAUGAGAAGACUGCCUCCAAUUAUUCAAACGUGGCAUCACUGAGUAAAGAUGAAGAAAUCACAGCAAUAUGUUGGGCCAAUGAACAACAAACACAGGUUUGCAUUGGUCAGAGGAAUCAUAUAGUGAAAACUUUUGAUGUUGAACUUGGUGACUAUAUAAGGGAAAAUGACUGUACAGGAGGAGAAGGAACAUUCCAAGGAAUUGCUAAUGUUGAUAACCAUCUCAUUACAUGUACACAGUCGGGAUUAUUAAAAAUAUGGAAAGAAGAACCAGAGGAAUGUACUGAAAUUGAUGUUGGUAAGGACAUUAGCAGGAUGAGAAUCAAUCCAGAAAAUAAAAAUCUUGUUUCUACAGGUGGAAAAGAAAAUGACCUGAAAAUAUGGGAUUUGGAAAAUUCUAAAGUUCCAGUUUUCAAAGCUAAAAAUGUUCGGAAUGAUUUUCUUGAUCUUCGAGUACCUGUCUGGGUGUGUGAUAUGCAGUUUAUUCCGGGUAGCUCUAAAAUUGUGUCUUGUUCACGACAUCACUGUGUGAGAGUAUAUGAUCCAAGCACACCACAAAGAAGACCAGUUUUAAAUAUAGAAUUUGAUGAGUACCCUGUGAUGGCUUUGUCAUUAAUUCCGAACACAAAUUAUGUGAUUGUUGGUAAUAGUCAAGGCAGGAUGGGUAAGAUUGAUUUACGUAAAGGUCUUGUGCAUAAAAUAUUCAAAGGUUUUGCUGGUAGCAUACGUGAUAUUGAAUGUCAUCAGACUGAACCAUUGGUUGCAUCAUGUGGAUUAGACAGACAUCUCAGAAUUCAUAAUGUUCACACAAGUGUGUUAGAACACAAGGUUUACCUUAAAUCCAGACUUAAUUGUUUGCUGUUUUCAAGCAAAGAUCUUUGUCGGAUGGAAGAAACAGAAGACACAAAUAAAAAAAGAAAAGCAGAAUCAGGAGAUAAUUCAUGUAGUGAAGAUGACGAUAUAUGGAAUAAGAUGGAUGUAAUCAGUGAUAAAACACAGAUCAAAGACAAAGAUAAAAGGAAAAGAGUUUCUUGAGAUUUCUAUUUAUACAAUAACCAUUCAAAGCUCAAUUAAAUCAAUAAACCAU